AUGGACACCUCUGUCCAGUUCGCCAAACGGGCGGACGAGCUGAACAUUGACAAUGCCUCCAAUUCGGCGUCAGGUCUCGUCUCGACCUUGUUGCCCACGCUCGUCAUCUCCGGCGCAAUGGUCUUGGUCUUCAUGGUCCUGCGCCUCAGUCAGCGCAGGCAGUAUAUUCCCAGGACAUACAUCGGCUCUUUGCGCGAAGACGAGCGCACUCCUGCUCCUGCCCCUGGCCUUUUUGGCUGGAUUGGUUCCAUGAUGAAACUACCGGAUACCUACGUGCUUCGCCACCACUCGAUGGAUGCCUAUCUUCUUCUGCGCUAUCUCAAAAUCUCUUCGGCUAUCUGCUUUGUUGGCUGUCUGAUUAGCUGGCCCAUCCUGUUUCCAGUCAAUGCGACGGGUGGCGGCGGAAAAAAGCAGCUGGAUAUGCUGACGUUUGGUAAUGUCGCCGGAAAUCUGAAUAGAUACUAUGCCCAUGCAUUCGUUGCUUGGAUUUUCAUCGCUUUUGUUUUCUUCAUGGUCACUCGCGAAAGCAUCUACUUCAUCAAUUUGCGCCAAGCCUACUUUUUCUCGCCUCUCUAUGCUAAUCGCAUUUCUUCGAAAACCGUACUUUUUACCUCCGUGCCUGAUGAAUAUCUUGACGAGGCUCGCAUCCGAAAGAUGUAUGGUGAUGACAAGGUUAAAAACGUCUGGCUUGUGCCUGACGUUGAUGCACUCAAGGAAAAGGUUGAGGACCGCGACAAGGCUGCCUUCAAACUUGAAGAUGCUGAGACAAAGCUGAUCAAACUCGCAACCACCGCUCGCGUCAAGGCCACGAAAGGUAAAACGACCGACGAGGAAAAUCUCCAAGCUACCGCCAUGGAGCCUGUUGAAGGCGAGUCCGGCUCUGCUGCAGCGAAAUGGAUCAAGCCUUCGAGCCGACCAACACACAGACUUAAAAUGAUCAUUGGCAAAAAGGUGGAUACUAUCAACUGGGCCCGUGGGGAAAUUCAGCGCCUCAACCCCGAAAUUGAAGAACUACAGGCAAAACUUCGCGCCGGUGAUGCUAAGCUCCUGUCUUCUGUUUUUGUUGAAUUCUACACGCAAAAUGAUGCACAGGCCGCAUAUCAAAUGUUGGCUCAUAAUCAACCCUUGCACAUGGCCCCUCGCUACAUUGGCUUGAACCCUGCGGAUAUUAUUUGGUCGAAUCUGCGUAUCAAAUGGUGGGAGCUAAUCAUGCGCAAUGCUGCCACCAUCGCCGUGGUCAUUGUCAUGGUUAUCUUCUGGGCAAUCCCUGUCGCCUUCGUUGGUUCUAUCUCCCAAAUCAACUACCUAACCGACAAAGUCCCUUUCCUUCGGUUUAUCUUGAAAUGCCCACCUGUCAUUCUUGGUCUCAUCACGUCUCUUCUUCCGGUUAUCCUCCUCUCGGUGCUUAUGGCCCUGCUACCCAUCGUGCUUCGACUUUUGGCCAAACUUGGGGGUGUCCCAACUACCGCUGCUGUGGAACUGAGGACACAAAACUUCUUCUUUGCAUUCCAGGUCGUUCAGGUCUUCUUGGUGACCACCCUCUCUUCUGCUGCUACAAGCGUUGUCACCUCAAUUAUCCAAAAUCCACAGAGUGCAGCUUCCCUCCUCGCACAAAAUAUCCCCAAGGCUUCCAAUUUCUACAUCGCAUAUUUCAUUUUGCAGGGCUUGACUUUCAGUUCUGGUGCUUUGCUGCAAAUCGUCGGCCUUAUCAUCUCCAAGAUUUUGGGUAAGCUUUUUGAUAAUACGCCCCGAAAGAUGUAUACUCGUUGGUCUACCUUGGCUGGAAUGGGCUGGGGAACGAUUCUCCCUGUGGUAACCAAUCUUUGCGUUAUUGCCAUCACUUAUGCUGCUAUUGCUCCCCUUGUUCUCGGCUUCGCGACCAUUGGACUAUAUCUCUUCUACGUUGCAUACAGAUAUAACAUGCUCUAUGUGAACAACACAGAUAUUGAUACGAAAGGCAUGAUUUACCCUCGAGCCUUGCAGCAGACAACUGUCGGCUGUUAUCUUUUGAUUGUUUGCCUCAUUGGUUUAUUCGCUAUUGGAGCCGCCUCUGAUCGACACGCCCUGGGCCCUCUGAUUUUGAUGAUCAUUUGCGGUGUUUUCACUGUUCUCUAUCACUUCGCGCUGAGCCAGGCCCUUUACCCCUUGCUCAACUACCUCCCGAAAAAUCUGGAAGUGGACGAAACUUCUGUGCCACAACACGCACCCCACAAUGGUGCAUCCGGAGAAAUGCUCACAGACGCUGAGAAAGGGCUAUCUAACGGCGCUGCCUCUGAACCACCAAUGCCAAAAGCCAACCCGCUUGUCAAAUUUUUCCAGCCCUAUAAGUACGCUAACUACGCCACCCUGCGACAAUUGGUGCCCCACGAUUCGGCCAUCGUCUCUUACCCACCUGAAGUGGAGCAACACGCAUACUUCCACCCAUCAAUUGGGUCUACGCCACCACUACUGUGGAUUCCACGGGAUGCCGGUGGCAUCAGUAAGCAAGAAGUUGCACACACUUCAAAGGUUAUUCCCAUCACUGAUGAAGAUGCAUUCAUUGAUGACAAUGGGAAGAUUACAUGGAACGAGGAGAGUGGCGUUCCACCCAUCUACCAAGAAAAAAUCUAUUACUAA